AUGAAGCGUAAUCACUCUGGCUAUCACCGGAGCACCAUAUACAGGCGCAUUAAGCGCCAGAUGAAGGCAUACUAUGAGGCCACUGAAGAGCCUGAGCCGGCUCAGGCGGAAAGUGCGGCGGUAGGUGAGCCUACCGGCUGACGGGUGAAUGCGUACGACGACGGCUUGUUCCCACCUUCUUCAAAGAUCUUCAGUGUCUCACUGACAAUCCCACCGCUAAGCGGUCACUAUCUGCGAAUCCUACAACCCAACGGUCCCUUAUUUACAGAUUCGCAAAUGGUGCAGGGGUACAGUGGGACUUAGAUUAGUUUCGAACCAAUCAUUACUAACUAUAUCCCGUUGGGUUGUAGAUAACUAUGUCCGAAAGACCACAUAGAGAGGGUAAGCCCAAUAAGAAAUACUUUGGGCAUGAGUACUUGGGCGACGUAUCGUUGCCGUCAACUCCAUCAUCAUCGGUAAGGUUAACACAGCUAUGCAAGAGAGCUUCCGCUUUAGGAUUCCACAUCAGACACCAGCUCCACCAUUCCGAAGGGGCAAUCUCCUAUUCCUUCAAGUAAGUUUAUGUUUUUGCCAAUACGUAUACACUUUUCAGAUGGGCAUCCACUUAGCAGCACGCCAAAGCGAAAGCGACGGCGACGUGACUACUCCCGGUCAGAACGUAAACAUAGAAAACAAAAGCAGAGGUCGGUGUGGACAAUACGAGGAAUCAAAAAACUUUUCCAAGAAAUGAGGGAAUUGAGAGGAGAAAUGGCGGCCCUGCGUGAGGAAGUUCGUUGCCAGAAGGCAUCCAACUUCAUGCCGUCAGCCGUAGAGACGCCCAUUGUGCAACGAGUUAGCACUUUGGGCGGUUACGACGACCUGACGACAGGAGUGUCCGAUGCGACUUACCGGCGAAAUUUGGUAAACAGUGUUUGUUAUUAAUAAUAAACGGAUUCAGGUUGCCUACCUCGCGGCAAUGGGGGGUGACACAGUUACCGCCUUCGCAGAACGAUUAUUUUUCACACUUUUCUCAGAGGACGUGGCCCAGUUUCUGACUUUUUACGGUAGAAAGCCUGGUACACGGGCCUUCUUUGACAGUCCAGUGUAUUCCGUGAUCCUAGGUAGGAUUUGCAAUUAGACCAAAUAAACAUUCACAUUCUAGAGGUAUUCAACGGCUGGAAUAAAGACCACCGGUCGGACCGACAGCAACUAGAACAUGCCUUAAAAAAUGCAUUUAAAAAGGGGCACGACCGAUAUCAAAGGAAGUGCCAAAGGGCUUCCGCCAGUAGGCAAUCACAAGGUACGUGUUAAUAUAUUGCUGCUUUUAUUAUUUAACAAGAUUCUUACUAUUUUUACUUACCACCGCGAAAUCUUUUUCUUUUAGAACCGUCGACAAUUAUCGAAGAUCCCGCCAACUGCAACGGGGAGGGACAGGCUUAA